AUGCUGGCCAUCCGGGGUCAAGAAGCGCUCAAGAGGGGUCUCGCGGUAAGCUCCUAUCUGCUGUUGUUCAAAGAGCUUCAGGCUCUCAUUGGUUUGGUUAUGAGUUUCCGCGGAAUUCGAGGCGCAGGUAUCCUGACUGAGGUGAUCCAUGGCCCGUUCGACGUCGACGUCGACAUCGUCUUGGUCAAACGUGCUCAAGCGUUGGAGUCCGAGCUGAGAGUAGUAUUGAUGGGUCAAUCAGUCGGUCAGUCAGUCAGUCAAAUCACGCCAAUGGAUGGUGUCAACCCAAGCCAUCAGGCACAGGCAUCCACGCCUUAUGCACAAAUAAAGACUAAAUGCAGCCGGAAACCGCAGCCCCGGGUCUCCAAUGACAAGGCACCCACGCUCCCUGUUCCGUCCGACAUUCCGAUAGCCUGUCCUCCCCACCCAUCCGAACCCAACGAGUCAAAAGAUAGCAACAUCACAAUCUCGGGAUUUGGACGUGGACUAACGGCGACGGCGUAUGGCCCAUGA